GGAGCGUGACUGGAACUGCCGUAACAUCACUUUUAAUGCAUCCCAUUGUCUACCUUGUAGACGAAGCACCAUGGCUUUGAGCGGGUCAGAAAUGGGUCUGCGCUACCACAACAGAGUGGCUGUGGUCACAGGCGGCACAAAGGGCAUCGGCGAAGCAAUUGUCCGGUUGUUUGUGAAGAAUGGUGCCAACGUCAUCUUCUGCUCCAAGGAAGAAAACGCUGGAGAUCUUGAGAAGGAGUUACUGGAGUCUGGACCAGGAACCGGUACUUACGUCUCUUGUGAUGUCACUAAAGAAGAUGAAAUUAGGAGGCUAAUUGAUGUAACAAUGAAGACUCAUGGACGAGUAGACUGUCUCAUCAACAAUGCUGGGUGGCACCCCCCUGAACAGAGAAUAGAUGACACUCAUGCCGAGGAGUUCCUUGAUCUCUUGAAAUUGAAUUUAAUUGGAUAUUUUCUGACGGCAAAGUACGCUUUACCUCAUCUAAGGAAAACACAAGGAAACAUAAUCAACAUUUCAAGUCUUGUUGGAAUCAUUGGUCAGAAACACGCUAUACCUUACGUUGCUACUAAGGGUGCAGUGACUGCAAUGACCAAAGCAAUGGCUGUGGACGAAAGUCAAUACAAUGUGAGGGUUAACAGUAUAUCCCCUGGUAACAUAUGGACACCGCUUUGGGAUGAACUCUCAAGUCACUCUGCUAACCCUGAAGCCAUGAUUCUUGGAGGAAAAGACGCACAGCUCUUGGGCCGGAUGGGCACAGCAGAGGAAUGUGCCAAGGCUGCCCUGUACCUAGCAGCUGAAGGAACAUUCUGCACAGGCAUUGAUCUCCUACUGACAGGAGGAGCGGAACUCAACUACGCCAAUAAAAACCAGCAGGAGACCCGUUCCAGCAUCUACCAUUAACGCUUUAUGGAAGUAAGCUUUUUUAAUGCCAUCAAAUCAGAAAGAUGAAAUAGGUGACC